ACAAAAACCCAGCUUACCUUUUUCAUUUGAUUCCACUCCGCUCCUUCAGUGGUUCGUUCUCUCGUCUGCACUCUCUCUCUCUCUCUCUCUCUCCGUCUCUUACUAGAAACUGCUUCGUUUUGGAUCCGAAUAGCGAACACGGGUCGUUAAAGUCACCCGGAUCAGCCGUCAUGCGUUCGUCACCUCUCUCUCUCUGACAAACCGCACCUUCGAGAGUGGGGUUUCUCGCGUCGGUGACCGUCACCGUCACAGCCGCGAUCAGAGCCAUUGGUUUUGGUGCAUGAGAUGGAGAAAUCAAACGGCUAUCACCAUCAGGAUUCCAUUUCUUCUUCUUGCCCUGCUUCCUCCCGCAGAGACGUCUCUUACAGCUGUGGUUCUUGUGGCUAUGAGCUAAACCUAAGCUCCUGCAACCGGAACACCUCGACCUUUGGCUCUAAAUAUGGGAAAUCUAUAAAGAGAGGGAUCAUAUCUUUCUUUAACAUCGACGAGAGCAGAUUUACUCAGGUUGAUGAAAUCCAAUGCAUACCCCACCUUUCUAAGCACAAGUGGGGCUUAAUCCGCCGGAGAACCAAACUUCUUUGCCGCAAGUGUGGUAAUAAUAUUGGAAUUGCUUACAAUGAUUAUACAUCACCCCAUCCACUUGUAUCAGAUGGAUCGGAUUCUUGCUCAGGCAAUGAAGUUUCAGCUCGUAAAAAAUAUGAUGUUAAAAUCCGCGCUUUACAGCCCUCAUCUUCUGAAGAAUCAGGUGUUCCGCUUUUCACAUGACAUACUUGAGCAAGCUUGUUUUAUAUGUUCUUUUCCUGUUAAAGUAAUAUCUGCAACAACCAAGCCAAGAAUUUUCUUGGAAGUCUAUUUGUCUAAAGGUGUUUUCCUUCUGUAUUUGUUUGGUGUUUUGCCCACUCUUAUUUAUAUAUAUUUACUUGUACAUAACAGUUAUUUUCCAAAGCUGAACUAUAAGGAAGAUGGUGUAUGAACUGAUGUGGUUUUGGUUUUC